AUGACCGAGUCUCCCUUGAAAGAUGGACUCCUGUUACUACUUCAAGCUGCACAGAAGAUAGAUCGAGAAUCUAAAAGUACUUGCCAUCACCCAGAAAGGUGGGAUGCUCGUACUGGGUCUUCCAGACACUUCUAUGAUGACGGACCCGCACAUUUCCCUUCGCCUUACUCGUCUUCGUCCAUUCAUAGACGAAACGCUCCCUCAACUAGAUGUACCCACAAUGAGCUUGAAAAAAGUCGGCGUGCGCAUUUACGGACCUGUAUGGAUGCAUUGAAGGAGCUCCUCGUAUUUGAUACUGAAGCACCUAGGAUAACUACUCUUACAGUUUUGCGGAAAGCGACAUCGACCAUUCAACAACUGCAACAACGCAAUGAGUACCUUGAAGCGUGUGAGGAUGGUGAGAAGCAGCGAUUUUCACAACUCAUGAAACGUCGUCAAGCUCUCCGGAAGAAAAUCGAAGCUAAGCGCAAUCGUACUCUGAAAAUUCAAAAUUGGCGUGAACGGAACAGGAACUAUUCUGAGUGUUCGGUCUUGACAACCUCUUCCGAGGAUUCCGAGAUGGGUUACAGCUCACGCCAUAUGCCUUCAAAUGUGUACAGCAUUUUGCCUCUUCCGCACCAUCAACAGCAACAGCAACUUUCUGCCAAUGAUAAUCAUCGGUACGCCUCUCCCUAUGGAACCACUGCGGGCGUAGUAGCUACGACUGCAAAUUCUACAGCCACAACGGCAGCUGCAACAGUGUCUAUGAUGAAUUCGGACUCAGCAACCACAGUAACGACGCCAGCAACUAAUACUUCAGCAGCAGCGGUGACCUAUGCAGCCUCCCAGGCGCAUCCUAACCCUUCGUACCAUCCGAAGAUGGUGUCGCAUUCUCCACACUUAUCAACCGGAGCCCAAGGGAUGAGUCCGACGGAUGCGUAUGAUGCUAGCAGCUCAGACUCAGGUUUCGAGGAGGUGAUCACGGCGACGAGCGCUGCAGAUGAACAGCAGACUCUGAAGAUGGUCCCGUCUGUUGUUUCCAACACUGAAGAGGUAGUCUACACUGCCUACCAAAGCGGUGACGGCUUCAAGGGUUACUGA